AUGGAUGCAAAGAGGUCAUCUUACAGCCGCCAAUGCCGUCAACAUAAAGACACGAAGAAAUGUGAAGGAUACUGGAGCGGAAGAAAUCCGUGCUGCAUACCACGGUCAUGUCCGGAUCCUAACAAUUCUAACUUCAGAAAUGGAAGUAUAGAGGGAAAUGCCUAUUUCUACCCCGAAACAAUCUUCCUAAAUUGCAGUGAAGGUCACGAGAUCAUCGAAGGAGGAUCCUAUUUUCAGUGCAAUCAAAGUGGCCAGUGGCAUGAAAUAUCAAAACCCAGUGACGAGGCAGCACAACAAGCCAAUGAGAGAAUCAACUCAGAACGUGUGAAAGUAAAAGCCUGCCUAUCGCCAAAGUCAAAUUCAAUCAAAACAAGGCACUUUCUCACCACAGUGAGACAAUUUCCUACAUGCCAACCUAAAAAUUGUAGGAAACCUGUUGUUGACAGUCACUGUACUCUGGUUUCAACGAGCUUCCAUUAUCCAAGUACAGUGAUGUUUGACCGCACCGAUGGAUACUGCGUUGUUGGCAGUAACAGCUCUCAAUGCAAUUCACAAGGACUUUGGUCAAAUGUGUCACCAACCUGCGAACAAAUUCAAUGUUCACCUCUUAGCGAUCCCGAACAUGGUACAGUACAGUUGAGCUCAGAACAAAGGUUUGUAAAUGAUACGGCAGUUUACAGCUGUCAUUCCGGCUAUGACCUAAAUAUGGAUAAAAAGAUUCAAAGAUUUACUCGAAUUUGCUUACAAGCCGAUAACCCUCACGAAUGCAAAGGAACGUGGAGCGAAAAACAGCCAUGUUCAAGGUCAUGUCCGGAUCCUAACAAUUCUAACUUCAGAAAUGGAAGUAUAGGGGGAAAUGCCUAUUUCUACCCCGAAACAAUCUUCCUAAAUUGCAGUGAAGGUCACGAGAUCGUCGGCGGAAGAUCCUAUUUUCAGUGCAAUCAAAGUGGCCAGUGGCAUGAAAUAUCAAAACCCAGUGACGAGGCAGCACAACAAGCCAAUGAGAGAAUCAACUCAGAACGUGAGAAAGUAAAAUCCUGCAUAUGGCCAAAGUCAAAUUCAAUCAAAACAAGGCACUUUAUCAACAACAUAAGACAAUUUCCUAUCUGCCAACCUAAAAAUUGUAGGAAACCUGUUGUUGACAGUAACUGUACUCUGGUUUCAACGACCUUUCAUUAUCCAAGCACAGUGAUGUUUGACCGCACCGAUGGAUACUGCGUUGUUGGUAGUACUAGCUCUCAAUGCAAUUCAGAAGGACUUUGGUCAAAUGCGUCACCAACCUGUGAACGUAUACAAUGUCCGUCUCUUGAAAGUAUAAGAAACGGCGGCUUUGCCCUGAAUAAAAACAACAGAUAUGUAGACACCAGAGCGCGCUACAUCUGCAACAGAGGCUACGAUAUCUUGAUGGAUGCAAAGAGGUCAUCUUACAGCCGCCAAUGUCGUCAACAUAAAGACAUGACAAGAUGUGAAGGAUACUGGAGCGGAAGAAAACUGUGCUGCAUACCAAGAUCGUGUCCGAAUCCUAAGCCGUUUGUAAACGGAAUGGUCAUUGGAGAUCAUUUCUUUUACCCUGAAACAAUUUCAAUCAAUUGUAGUGAAGGGCAUAAAUUGACGGAAGAUGGGCCAGUUUAUAAAUGUGAUGAAACAGGGUCUUGGGUUCCUCUUUCUGGUCAAUUGGCAAAAAAGCAUAAACCCGUUAAUUUGCGUGCUGCGGCAGAACUGCAACUAGUCCAAACCUGCCUAAGAAAAAGGAGCAUUCAAACGAAAAAUUUAGAAAAGUCUAAACACAAUUUCGCAAGAUGCGAACCGGUCGACUGCGGAAAGCCGAAAAAUCCUGUGGAUGGACAAUGUUCAGGAACUUCAUACAAGUUUAAAGGAGUUGCAAGAUGUACAUGCAAUCUGGGAUACUGCAUAGUUGGACCAAACAAAACUCAAUGUAACUCAUCAGGACAAUGGUCGAAUAAGGCACCUAGAUGCAAAAGUAAAUAUGGUAUUAAGAUUGGUAUAUAA